AUGAAAGAGCAACACCCGAAUCACACUCCUAACAAGGGUUGGGUUUAUGCCACUGUAACAUGUGGUGGGAGACCUCGCUACAUACCCAAUGAACGAAAUUUGCACCUGGUUAACAAUGUUGGCCUUUAUGUGGGUAAUGCAAAGAUUGAUAAUUAUCAAAACGGGCGACUCUAUCUGACUUCCUUCCGCUUAAUAUACAUUUCCAAUUGCGGAGAUUUUCAUGAUCAAGAUCACUCUAAAAGUGUUGCUUUGGACUUAAGUUUGGUGGAAGACGUGAAAUACAUCAAUGGAUUUAUGAAGUCAAGUCCAAAAAUAUCUCUGACUCUUAAAAGGCAGUAUAAGUCUUCAGAUUCUGGUCGUGAUUCUCCCAUAACUUGGACUUGUCCUAUAUGCUUUCAGCCUAAUGAAUUUAGCUUAAAUCAGAAGGAUGAUCGCUGCACCCCUGUAUGCAGCAAAUGUGGAGUAAGGGCAAACAUGACAGACAUUGCGAGAGCUAUUUCACAUCAGGGGACCGAAGAGAGCGUGACGCCCCAGGCUAAGAUGUUAGGAGGGGGAAAUACUGAGAACAGUGUCUGUGUAACGUGCUUAUACGAAAACAUCAAUUGUGCAAGCUGUGAAAGAUGUGGAAGUCCAAUUGUACACACAACCUUGAGUAUUGAUGAUUCUGAUUCUUCUGCACACGUGCCAAACUUUUCGAUAGAUUCCAGGGCUGACAAGGGGACCAUUGGGCUUUAUAGAUUGAGUUUCCGAAGUGGGGGAUCAAAAACUUUUUUUGAAAAGCUACAGUUAGCUGUAUCACAAGCAAGGUGGCUUCGUGCAACAGGAAAGAAAAGAGUCAACGUUGGAAGCACUAAGCUUAGUGACAUGCCUCUGAAUGCCAAAGGUGAUAUUACUUCACGAGAAAAUAGUUCGGCUUUUCCGCCCGAUCACUCACAAGUAAAAGCGGGAAUCCACGGCCUUCAGGAGUCUACGAACCUUCGAAAUAUUGAGAGAUCUGCAUUUCUUAGUUCUUCGCUUGGGGAUCUACAAAAUUUGAUGGACAAAAGUGUGGAGCUUUCCAAAGUGGGGGAAGAAUACAAAAGAGCAUUGAUGUUUUCUGCUAGGAGACCAGACGAAAUGGGCCAAACAUUACGAUUGCUUUCACGCUCGAAGCACUCGAUCAAAAUGCUGGGGACCUUGCUCACUACUGAUGAAGUAACUAGCGUUUCAGAUGAUUUUUCCCAAGCAGACUUUCUAAAAUCAUUAAGGGAUAGUGGAGAUACACGAAUGUUGGGCUUGUACGAAGAAGAACUUUGUCGCCAGGUUUAUGACUAUAUCAUGGCUAAUCAGAUGAUAAGGAAGGGCGGGGAGCUGAUUUCACUUCUCGAUUUUUAUUGUCUUUACAAUAAAAAAAGGGGAUUUUUCUCUAUCUCUCCAUCUGAGUUUUUGGCUGCGGUGAAAAGCUUUGAGGAAUUCAAUUUCAAAUUACAGCUUUUACAGCUUCCAUUUCCGCAUACAAGGGAUAAUAGCUCGCAAACACCCAAAUCAGAAUAUUUGAAUGCAAUCUCCAGUUCUACCAUGGAUGCCACUGCCAUCUCAAACUCUGUUUUGAACAUCUUAAAAGUUAACGUUCCAAAUGGGUGUUCCGCACUGGAUCUACAAGGUAAUGAGACCCUCAAAUUCAAUUUUUUGUUUCUGCAAUCCAUUCUUCAUAGCUUGGUACAUGCGGGAGCGGUGUGCUUUGAUUCCAGAGCUCAAGGCGAGAUAUUUUUCCUUAACGAAAUAAUAAGUUUCACCUGGGAAUAA